AUGCAAGCCAUUAAUCCUGUAGAUGUUCAUGUUGAAAAAGAAUGGCGUGUAGGAUCAGCUGUUAAGAAAAAUGUUAAAACAUCAAGUAAUACAAAUCGAACUGCACCUCGCAUGCGUACACAAGUUGUGAGCAAGACUAAACCUAAAAAAACCAAACCUAUAGUAUCACCAUCACCUAAAAUUCCUAAACAAGUUGUUGUGCCUAAAUUAGUUUUACCAGUUCGUUCUUCAAGUUCAUCACCAAAUCGAGAACCAUGGGUUCCACCACCAGGUCGUUCAACAAAAGGACAAAAAGUUUCGUGGCAGAGUCCAGAAUCACGUUUGGAAAUUAAUCCCGUUACGGAAAUAAUAAUUAAUGAUGGAAACAGUCAAAAUAUAAAGUCUGAUAGACAAAAUAGCACAAAUAAUUCUCAGACAAAUACACUUUCGACUUAUGAAGAUGGAAAAUUAAUAGGAGAAAUUCAAAACUAUGAAAAACGUAUUCAAGGACUUAUUGAUGGUAUUGGAAUGCUUAAAGAACGAAUGCAUAAUCAUGCAAAUACUCCUGAUCAAACUAAUCAACUCCGUUCGGAUAUUGACUCAUCUUUAUACGAAUUAGAACAAUUACAACAAGAUUAUACUAAACGUUUAUCUAGCCAAAAAACAAAAAUUUCUCGUGCACGAUCACUAUCACCUGUUCGUAAUAAAAAUCGUUCGUCAAGUGCUGAUGAACAACGACAUAGAAGAACUACAACACCAAGAGUUUCUUUUCAAGAUGAUCCAAUUAUUACAAAGCGACGAGCACGUAGUACAACACCGAUAAAAGGUCCACUAUAUCUUAAUCCAGAUCGAGAACGAUUAUUAAUAUCAUUAACUGAAUCAGAAGCAGAUGUUGCACAAAUUACCAAACAAUUAUCUUCAGUGAAUGAUAUCCUCAUAAAACUUAAAUUUGAAGACAAACCAUUGUCAUUCGAAGUUGAACAACUUUAUCAACAUCGAAAUCAACUAUUACAUUUGAUUGAACAAUUUGAACGUUCAAAUAGUAAACUUAGAGAAUUUCUUCGUCAUCAAUAUCAUUUAGAAGCUGAACAUGGAAUAAUUAAUGAUAAAUAUGAUACAUAUAAAACACAUAUACAUGAACUUGAAAAUGAAAAUCAACAGAUAAGACAUUUAUUACUUAGUCGAGAAAAUGAUAAUAUUGCUUUACUAACGGAACUUGAACGUAUAAGAACUCAUACAAUUGGUUUUGAUACAAUGAAAACAUCAUUAGAACAUAAUCGUGCUCAUCUUCAACGAGAAUUAUAUGCAAGAGAAGGAGAAAUUAAUCGAUUACAAUGUAUUAUAAGAGUAAGAUCAAACUGUCUCUAUAUACUGAUAACUUAUGGAAUAUGAAUACAUUAAUAAAUCGAAUUAUUUUGAUUCCAUCGUAUCGCUUAAGAUAUAUUAAACAGUUUGGGUAUAGAAGUAAAAUUAGUUCUAACUUGUUUAAAAUCAGAUCAUCGAUAUAUAUAUAAAGAAAAAAGUACUUACACUCUUUAGUACUCAUAACUCUAACUUGUAUAGAUAUUAUAAAUUCUCUAAUAUAUUGUAUCUUUCUUUUUAGACAUUGGAACGCGAUCUUCAACGAAACCGUUUUCC